UUUUUAUUGCAGACUAAAGCCAAUCUUGUAACGCCACGUAAUGGGGAGCCACUGAUUGCUGCGAUUCAGGACUUUCUAACAGCUGCCUAUCUCCUUACGCUGAAAGACUCUUUUUUUGACCGUGCCAAUGCAUGUCAGAUCAUUGCAUCUAUUUUGGUGGGAAAAGAUGAGAAAAUUAAAGUUCGUCUACCACAUCCAGUUAUUCUUAGGCCUGUCACGUUAUGGACUGGAAAGCAGAUCUUUAGCAUUAUCCUGCAACCAAGUGUGGAUAGUCCAGUCCGUGCUAAUCUAAGGACCAAGGGCAAGCAGUACUGCGGUAAAGGGGAAGAUCUAUGCCACAAUGAUUCUUAUGUGACCAUUCAGAACAGCGAACUAAUGUGUGGUACCAUGGACAAAGGGACUCUGGGUUCUGGCUCAAAGAAUAAUAUUUUCUACAUACUCCUGCGAGACUGGGGACAGCUUGAAGCUGCCAAUGCCAUGUCACGUCUGGCAAGAUUGGCACCUGCUUAUCUGUCAAAUCGAGGCUUCUCUAUUGGAAUUGGAGAUGUCACUCCAGGUCAGGGUCUGUUAAGAGCUAAACAGGAACUUUUAGAUGCCGGCUACAAGAAGUGUGAUGAAUACAUCGAGGCUCUAAACACUGGAAAACUCCAGCAACAACCUGGCUGCAGUGCAGAGGAGACUCUAGAGGCUUUAAUAUUGCGUGAGCUAUCAGUGAUCAGAGACCAUGCGGGAAGUGCCUGUCUGAGAGAGCUGGACAAGAGCAACAGUCCACUUAUCAUGGCCCUGUGUGGAUCCAAAGGUUCAUUUAUAAAUAUCUCUCAGAUGAUUGCCUGUGUGGGCCAGCAGGCUAUCAGUGGUUCACGUGUGCCUGAUGGCUUUGAGAACCGAUCUCUGCCACAUUUUGAAAAGCAUUCAAAGCUUCCAGCAGCCAAAGGGUUUGUGGCAAACAGUUUCUAUUCAGGACUGACACCUACAGAAUUUUUUUUCCAUACCAUGGCUGGAAGAGAGGGUUUGGUGGACACAGCUGUCAAGACAGCAGAGACUGGUUAUAUGCAGAGACGACUUGUAAAAUCCCUUGAAGACCUGUGCUCUCAGUAUGACCUGACUGUCCGGAGUUCCACUGGUGAUAUUAUCCAGUUCAUAUAUGGGGGUGAUGGAUUGGACCCUGCUGCCAUGGAAGGAAAAGAUGAACCUCUUGAGUUCAAAAGAGUCUUGGACAAUGUUAAGGCUGUUUAUUCCUGUUCAAGCGAACCAGCACUAAGUAAGAAUGAGUUGCUUUUGACUGCAGAGUCAAUUUUGAAAAAGGCAGAGUUUCAGUCCUGCCAGGAUUCUUAUUUGCAGGAAAUAAAGAAGUUUGUCAAUGAGAUAUCGGAAAGGAUAAGGAAGACCAGAGAUAAAUAUGGAAUCAAUGAUAAUGGAACCACAGAGCCCCGGGUGUUGUACCAAUUGGACAGGAUCACUCCUACUCAGCUGGAAAAAUUUUUGGAGACUUGUCGGGAUAAGUAUAUGAGAGCACAGAUGGAACCAGGUUCAGCAGUGGGUGCUCUCUGUGCUCAGAGCAUUGGAGAGCCAGGAACACAGAUGACCCUGAAAACGUUCCACUUUGCUGGUGUUGCUUCCAUGAACAUCACACUGGGUGUUCCACGUAUCAAGGAGAUCAUCAAUGCCUCAAAGAACAUUAGCACGCCAAUCAUUACUGCUCAUCUAGAUAGAGAUGAUGAUUCUGACUUUGCCCGUCUGGUGAAAGGUAGAAUUGAGAAGACUUUAUUAGGAGAGAUAUCGGAGUACAUGGAAGAGGUGUUUCUUCCUGAUGACUGUUUCCUCCUGGUGAAGCUUUCAUUGGAACGUAUUCGCUUGUUGAGGCUUGAGGUGAAUGCUGAGACUGUAAGAUACUCCAUCUGCUUGUCUAAGCUCCGUGUUAAGCCAGGAGAUAUUGCAGUACAUGGAGAGGCUGUGUUGUGUGUCACACCAAGAGAGAACAAUAAGAGUUCCAUGUACUAUGUCCUACAGUCACUGAAAGAGGAACUACCAAAGGUGGUGGUUCAAGGCAUUCCUGAAGUGUCACGUGCUGUCAUUCAUAUUGAUGAACAGAGUGGAAAAGAAAAGUACAAACUUUUAGUGGAGGGUGAUAAUCUCCGUGCUGUCAUGGCUACCCAUGGGGUUAAGGGCUCACACACCACUUCAAACAACACCUUUGAGGUGGAAAAGACGAUCGGUAUAGAAGCCGCGCGCACCACCAUAAUAAAUGAGAUCCAGUAUACCAUGGUGAACCACGGGAUGAGUAUAGACAGACGUCACGUCAUGCUUCUGGCUGAUCUGAUGACUUACAAGGGAGAGGUGCUUGGUAUCACUCGCUUUGGCCUGGCUAAGAUGAAGGAAAGUGUUUUGAUGCUGGCUUCUUUUGAGAAGACCGCUGAUCAUUUGUUUGAUGCAGCUUAUUUUGGACAGAAAGAUUCUGUUUGUGGAGUCUCCGAGUGUAUUAUUAUGGGCAUACCAAUGAACAUUGGAACUGGACUUUUUAAGCUUCUGCACAAAGCCGACAAGGACCCUGAUCCACCUAAGAGACCAUUGAUCUUUGAUAACAAUGAUUUUCACCUCCCUAUCACUAGCACAAAGUGCUUUCAACUCCACCGAUUUAUUUCAUAA